AUGGGGGGUCCCGCGGGGCCCCCGCGCCUCCUCCACGCCCCACACUCCCUCCUCUGUCUGCUCUGCCUCCUCCCGCCCCUGCUCAAAGCUGCUGGGCCAAGCCAGGCACCCAUAGACCAGCCCCUGUGGGCAAUGCUGGAGCGGUACUGCCAUGCCGCGAUGACUCUUGCCAACCUCUCAGGUCCCUACACCUACUGCAACACCACCUUGGACCAGAUCGGGACGUGCUGGCCCCGGAGCGCCGCCGGAGCCCUGGUGGAGAGGCCGUGCCCUGAGUACUUCAACGGCGUCAAGUACAACACGACCCGGAACGCCUACAGAGAGUGCUUGGAGAAUGGGACGUGGGCUUCCCGGAUCAACUACUCACAGUGUGAGCCCAUUUUGGACGAUAAGCAGAGGAAGUACGACAUGCACUACCACGUCGCCCUUGUCGUCAACUACCUGGGUCACUGCGUUUCUGUGGCAGCCCUCGUGGCCGCUUUCCUGCUUUUCCUGGCCCUGCGGAGUAUCCGCUGCCUGCGGAACGUGAUUCACUGGAAUCUCAUCACCACCUUCAUCCUGCGAAAUGUCAUGUGGUUCCUGCUGCAGCUCAUCGACCACCAAGUGCAUGAGAGCAAUGAGGUCUGGUGCCGCUGCAUUACCACCAUCUUCAACUACUUCGUGGUGACCAACUUCUUCUGGAUGUUCGCAGAGGGCUGCUACCUACACACGGCCAUUGUCAUGACCUACUCCACCGAGCGCCUGCGCAAGUGGCUCUUCCUCUUCAUCGGAUGGUGCAUCCCCUGCCCCAUCAUCGUCGCCUGGGCCAUUGGCAAACUCUACUACGAAAAUGAACAGUGCUGGUUUGGCAAAGAGCCUGGUGACCUGGUGGACUAUAUCUACCAGGGCCCCAUCAUUCUCGUGCUCCUGAUCAAUUUUGUAUUUCUCUUCAACAUCGUCAGGAUCCUAAUGACAAAAUUGCGAGCGUCCACCACGUCCGAGACAAUCCAGUACAGGAAGGCAGUAAAGGCCACCCUGGUUCUGCUGCCCCUUCUGGGCAUCACCUACAUGCUCUUCUUCGUCAACCCUGGGGAGGACGACCUGUCGCAGAUCGUGUUCAUCUAUUUCAACUCCUUCCUGCAGUCAUUCCAGGGGUUCUUUGUGUCUGUCUUCUACUGCUUCUUCAAUGGAGAGGUGCGCUCGGCCGUGAGGAAGAGGUGGCGCCGCUGGCAGGACCACCACUCGCUCCGAGUGCCUGUGGCCCGGGCCACGUCCAUCCCCACGUCGCCCACACGGAUCAGCUUCCACAGCAUCAAGCAGACGGCCGCCCUGUGACUCCCCCGCCACCCCGCUCGCCCAUCACUCCACCUUCAGGACAGCUUCCCCAUCCUUGUGUGGCGCCUGUCCCUGGGUUCACCUUGCUGCACGGGCCCUGGUGGGGGCAGAAGGGAGAGAAGAGGCCAGCUGGCCAGCCCAGCCAGCCCGGGAGAGGCUGUCAGGAGCCGGGGCCAGCCGGGCCGGAAGUGUCAGGGCAGAGGGAACAGAGGGAAGUCGCAGAGACGACCCCCCCCCCACCCAGAGGAGCAGGCAUUUGCCCACACCAGCCUCUCUCACUGCAUCCUCACCAUAGCCCCAUUCACAGAAGAGGAAACUGAGGCCCAGAGCCGGGAGGGGCCUGCCCAAGUCAGGGCAGCUAGUUCUCAGCAGAGCUGGGGGAAGGGGGGCUGCCCUACUCAGUGCAGUUGGCCCUGCCUUCUGCCUCCAUGCUCAGUGCCGCCCUCUGCAGUUGAGGGGGGUGGUCACAGCAGCAGGAAGUAAAGGAUUAAUCUGGCUUCAUCCCAGGGACUCUCACCUACACCCCCACCCCAGACCAGGUUGUCUCUCUGCCCCUUCCCAGCCAUCCUCCUGUCCCUGGGGCCUUGCGAAGGCUGCUGCUUCCUGUCUUGGGGGAGCUCUUCUCCACAGGCUCAGGGCCUUGGGGAGGGACGUGUGUGGAGGAAGACACAACCAAGGCAGCCAUACGCUCCCAGGCCAACCAGAUGCCUAGGCUGGAGAAAUGAGGAGGAGGCGGCUGCCCCCACCCCGCCCUGGGGCAAGGAGUAGGAUUGGAACAUCAGAAACCAAAGUGGGUGUUUGGUGAUUGGCACUAACCUCUCAGCCCCCUCCUCAGACUGGGCUUCAUUUCAGCCUCGCCUUCAGAAGAAACAUCUCUGCUCUCGGUGCAAUAAACCAUGCCUCUGUGGAAA